AUGGCUAAUGAAACUCCAAGGCCAAUGAAAAAAUUCAAUCGUAAUAUAUUUCAUAAAGUUGGUAAAAAAUUAGAAAAAUUGGAGCAAAGUCUUGUUGUAACUCCAAAUUUAUCUUCUCGCUCGCAAUUAUCAUUAAAUGAUUUAUCUUCAAAUUAUCCUUCGCAAGAUUCAGAACAUAAUGAAGGACGAGAUGAUAAUGUAUCAAUACUAUCUGUUCCUCAUACUCAUAAAACAUCAGCACAAGCAAUGUUUCCUCAUCAACAUUCUGAUCCAAUGAGUCGCUCACAUUCUGCUGCUGUAUUACAUGAUGAAAAUUUUAAUGGUCAAUGGCAAACAGAUAGAAGACAACAUUUCAAACCAAUUAUCAAAGAUCGAACUACAAAAUAUGAUCAAGAAAUGCAAGUGGUUUGCAAAGAUAUGAUGGAAAAUAGAACUGUCAAUUUAUAUAAUUAUCGAGAUUAUGAUAGAAAAGUAUCGUUAUUACGUAUUGCUGUUUCAUUUAAUGCACCAAAAGUUACCGUGCCGGUAAUACUAUUUCUUGAAAAUACAUUAUCAAAAUCUAUAUUUUAUGAACUAAUCAAACAACAUCCAUCAGCAGUUAGAAAUUAUCUUAAUAUGGCUAAAUUAUACCUUGAAAAUGAUUCCUAUAUAUCAAUGCUUAAACAAUUUGGUAAAAAUGAAGAAGUCGGCAUAAUACGUAUUCGACAAGCAAGUGAAAUAAAUGAUAUAAAUAGUAAAAUGACUUUAUUAGAUCAAGCAGCAAUUGAAAUUAACUCACAUCCUUGGUGGCAUUUACAAAUCGCUGAAUAUCAACAUUUACUUCAUAAACAACGAGAGUUACAAAGAUCUAUAUUAUCUUCACAACCAAAUAUUAAUGUUGAAAAUCGAACUGUACUUGAUACAUAUAAAUCACUGUUUGAUAUAGAAUUUCGACGACAAAAAUUUAAUCGAAAUAUAGAUAAAAAUACUGUCGACUAUAGUAAAGAAAUCGAAAGAACUUUUCAUAUGUCUCCAGAAAUGAUCCUAUGUGGUAAACUAUCCGUAAUAAUGCAAUGUGGUUUACGAAUGCAUUAUGACGAUUUUAUUCAUUGUGCAACGCAUCAGAGUAUUUUUGGUAAGAAAUAUACCAUAGCACCAGAAAAUUUUGCUGAUAUGGUCUACAAUUGGAUAAAAUUUAGUGGUGAAGGACAAGAAAAAGCAAGUGAACAGACAACAAGGUUUCUUAAUAUGAUACAAGAUCCCGGACGACGAAUUCAUUAUGCAGAGAGAUUUCAAAAUUAUGAUGUUGCCAUGGAUACUAUUGCUUUUGUUCUUCGUGAUCGAGUACAAUUGGAAAAUUUACGUAAACGUAUACCGCGUGAUCAUCCAUCAUUUAAUCGAGCUACGGCAUUAUUAGACAAUACAAAAUGGCGAAAUUAA